GGAUGAGGCCAGUGUACGUGAGACAGAAGAGCAUCGAGGCGCCGGAUGGAGGCCAACCGACGUCGUCGUCUCCCGUGGCGUCGCCGCUGCAGCGCCAUGCACGCUCCGGUUCGACUGGCGGGGCCAAUCUCAGGAGGCCGGCGAUGAACACCGCCGCCAAAGGCGCCGCCGCCCAGAGGCUCGCUCAGGUGAUGUCUAGUCAGUCCGCCGACGACGAUGACGAGGAGGAGGAUGACCUCAUGUAUGACUACACCCCCUCCAAUCUCGCCACCCCCGGCUUUGGCCUCGCCGGCGGCGGAAGGCCAGCCAGGCCCCGCCCAGUGUCAGUUCGUUCCUCCGUAGACCAGCAUCCACCUGCACGUGGGGCAUCGAGUGGUCAAAUUCUGAGCUCUGCUGAACAACAACCUCCAAUAGCUCAUUCAAGCUCAGCUGGACAGCUUUCUCAGCCCAAUUCUCUGGAACAACCUCCGUCUGCUCGCUCUGCAUUGCCUACUCGAUCAUCUCAAUCUGCCAACUCGGUGGAACAAUUACAACCUCCAUCUGCUCGUUCUGUUUCAGCUACCCGAUCAUCUCAAUCUGCCAACUUGGUGGAACAAGUACAACCUCCAUCUGCUCGUUCUGUUUCAGCUAUCCGAUCAUCUCAAUCUGCCAACUUAGUGGAACAAGUACAGCCUCCAUCUGCCCGUUCUGUUUCAGCCAUCCGAUCAUCUCAAUCCACCAACAACAUGGAACAGCCUCUGUCUGCUCGGUCUAUCUCAGCCAGCCGUCCAAAUAUAGGAGCUAAGGCAGUUCCCAUAAUACCUCCUAGUAUCCCACUAAAAUUGAGGCCACAGGCUUCUGUAAUUUCAUCAGAGAUUCCCACUGAUAAUCGAAGAGACAAAAGGUUGUCCAUAGAUAUGGGAAGUAUGAAUCUAAGAGAAUCAGGCACUCAGCAUUCUACUUCUGCUCUACAGGAUGAGCUUGAUAUGCUACAAGAAGAAAAUGAAAGCCUACUUGAAAAGAUUCGAUUUGCAGAGGAAAGAUUUGAAGAAGCAGAGGCAAGAGCUAGGCAGCUUGAAAAACAGGUUGCCAAUCUUGGAGAAGGUGUGUCAUUAGAAGCCCGGCUUUUGAGCAGGAAGGAGGCAGCUUUGCAGCAAAGAGAGGCUGCUCUGAAAGUUGCAGCAGAAACUUAUGGUGGUAAAGGUGAAGAAGUACAGGCCCUACGGAUGGAAGCUGAGUCUGCUAGGGACGAAGCUGCAUGUGCUCUGGAGGGGCUCCGCAAAGCUGAGACUGAAAAUAAAUCACUUCGAAAUAUGACUCAGAGACUGAUACUAACCCAGGAAGAGAUGGAAGAAGUUGUUCUUAAGAGGUGUUGGCUUGCCCGAUACUGGAGUUUAUGCAUUCAACAUGGAAUCCAUGCAGAGAUAGCUUCAGCACGAUAUGAUCACUGGUCAGCCUUAGCCCCUCUUCCUGUUGAAGUUGUUUUGGCUACUGGGCAGAAAGCAAAAGAUGAAGAUGCGUUUGCAAAAAGUGAUGCUCAGGAAAGGGAAAAGGUUCUUCAAGACUUGAAUGAACUCUCUGGAGAGGGAAAUAUUGAGAGCAUGCUUUCAGUGGAGAAAGGUCUUAGAGAACUGUCUUCACUAAAGGUGGAGGAAGCUGUAGCAAUUGCAAUGGCUCGACAACGUCAAUCAAAUUCGGGAAAAUCUGGUUUAACAGAUGACCUGAAGCUACCAAUGAAUGGGCAAAAUUUCUCAGAAACAUUUGAAUUGAGCCAACAGGAGUCUGAAGAUGUGCUCUUUAAGCAGGCAUGGCUAAUGUAUUACUGGAGAAGAGCAAAAAACCGUGGAAUAGAACCAGACAUUGCAGAGGAGCGUCUAGAGUUCUGGAUCAACCAUGCCACUCAGUCACCGAGCUCUAGUGAUGCAGUCGAUGUUGAGCGUGGCCUUGUGGAACUCAGCAAGUUGGGUAUCGAAACCCAGUUGUGGGAAGAAUCACGCAAGUUCGCCAACCAGGGCUCGAGUAAAAUACCAACCCUUGCAGACUUCUGAUUUCUCCCAGUCAAAUCUUUUUACUCUUUUGGCCGAAGAAAAUCUCUUUUUCUUUUCUUGUUUUUUGUGUUCAUUUACUGGAAUCAAAGUGCCAUUGCUGCUAAAUUAUUCAUUUUGGAAUGGGUCAUAGACUGUUUUUAACUCUUCAUCUAUAGGCGUCAACUUGUUUAGUAGGAAUGAAACUGCCUCUAUAUAUGGUCUCCUUCUGGUUUAGCAGCACCGAAGCUCAUUUAUGUUCAUUUAGCAGCAGCAGCAGCAUAAUGAGAGACUGCUUUCUCAUUUCUGCUCUCUCUUCAUUAGACAGUGCUGGGAGUUAUUUCGUCAUGUUUUUUACUUGUAUUGCAAAGGUUUUGAAUUCUUAACAGUAUGCUACAGAGGUUGAUGAAUACCUUGGAUUUAGUAUCAGAUGGGUUGGCAA